AUGCGACAGAUCCAAUUACCCAAAAUAAGCCUGCCUACCUUUUCGGGAGGUCAAUUGGAAUGGGAAGGCUUCCGAGACUUGUUUCGUUCACUAGUGGGCGACGUGACGGACUUACCACCCGUUCAAAAGCUGCAAUACUUGAAAGCCAGCCUAACCGGUGAGGCGGCGGCAAUCGUGGCCAGUGUGGAACUCAAUGAUAAGGGUUACGAGUUGGCGUGGACAGAAUUAACCUCACGCUAUAAUAAUAAACGAGUAUUGCUCUCGACCCAUAUGCGUGCGUUUUUGAACAGUGCCGCGAUAGCAAAACCUUGCUCUACGGAGAUCAAACGCUUGAUCAGUGACGCGCUUCGGGCACGCCGCGCGUUCGCAUCUCUCGAGCGACCGACGGACGACGACUGGUUCGUCCACAUCACGGUAGAAAAAUUGGAUUCGUCCACGCGCCUCCUAUGGGAGGCCUCUCUGCAGACCAGUGAUGAGUUCCCGACCUUUAGAGAGCUGCAGGACUUCCUGCACACUCGCAUCCGCGCCCUGGACGCGGCCACCCCCAAGCCGUUGCCUGUGUCGGCCGUGGGCUCGAAGACUCCAGAUCGCAAAGGCAAGGUAAACGCGCUUGCGACCUCCGCCUCAGAAGAGCGGAAGGCAUCCAAGCGCUGCUCGCUGUGUCAAGGUAACCACGCUUUCAAUUAUUGUCCGCGCUUCGAGGCUCUUUCGGUGCCCCAACGACGGGAGCACGUGAAGAAACAGGGAGCUUGCUUCAACUGCCUCAGGUUGAAGCACGGUGCGUCGAACUGUCCCUCCGGCUCGCGCUGCUUGCGUUGCCAAGGGAAGCAUCAUACUAUGCUUCAUAACUCUGAUGAAUCCUCUCCCGCUAGCACAGAUACCAGCGAGGGCGUCACGACCACGGAGUCCCAGGCCAAGCCGAAGGACGCCCCGUCCACAUCGGCGAUACAGUCAAACGUAGCAGCCUUGACGGCGACCUCGAGGCGGCAGAUACUACUGUCUACCGCCCUGGCGACGUGUCCCAGCGCCGAUGGGAAGUCAGUGGUCAUCCGCGCGCUUCUCGACUCGGGAUCCGAGGCGACAUUUGUAAGCGAGCGCGUGGCUCAGGCGCUGAGACUGCCAAGACGGCGCGUCCGUAUCCCUCUCUCGGGAAUACAGGUAGCGUCCUCGGGUGUGGUCUACCACUCGGUGGCCCUCACGCUGGGCUCGCCUCGAGAUGCAGAACUGCAGGUCAGAUUGCCUGCAGCCCUAGUACUGCCAAAACUGACUUCGACGCUGCCGUCGCGCAGAAUGACGCGGGGUGACUGGCCUCACUUGGACGGGUUGGCUCUUGCCGAUCCUCGAUUUGAUCAGCCCGCUGGGGUGGACGCGAUCCUCGGAGCAGACGCUUAUGGGAUCCUCCUAAGAGAAGGACUGAAGAUGGGACCGGCGGGCGCCCCCUGCGCACAGGCGACCGCACUGGGUUGGGUGCUCAUGGGCCAAGCGUCAAAACCCGAACCGACGACCGCGGACCAGAGUGUCUCCGCGUUACACGUUGCGACGGCAGACGUGGAUCUAAAUCGAGCCUUACAGCGGUUCUGGGCGCUGGAGGAGUUGGAGACCGCUCCGAUUCCGACGCCAGAGGACGACUACUGCGAGUCGCUUUUUGCGACCACGCACACUCGCGAUACGCGUGGGCGUUACACCCUACGCCUGCCUCAUCGCCGGGAUCCACCACUGAAAUUAGGCAACAAUCGCCGCGAAGCGCUCAACAUAUUCGUCCGAUCUGAAAGCAGAUUAAGGCGUAACCCGUGCAUUCGAAGGAUGUAUACGGACUUUAUGGACGAAUACAAAACACUGGGCCACAUGGAACUCAUUCCGGCUACGGAACAGCAUCGCGAAGAUGCGUACUACUUGCCGCAUCACGCGGUCUUCAAGACCACGGACGAAGAGACUAAGAUACGCGUGGUAUUUAACGCUUCGCAUCGCACGCAUACCGGAGUUUCUCUCAAUGACCCGCUCUCGCAGGGCCCAAACUGCAGUCGGAGCUCUGGCUGA